AACGUAUGGCGGAUUUCAGCUCCGGCGCGAUUUUUCCAUGGUGUGGCCGCCGCCGAUCAAGACAAGCAUCACAAGCUUUUAAAAGGAGGGACUCCCGGAGAUGCCAAGUGAUUUCCUGAACUUGGCCACUGCGCCAGGCUAGUUUUGAACUUUCGUCUGUUUUUUUGUUUUUUUUUUGCAAUCUCUCCCCUUCCGGUCCUACAGAAUACCUGAUCCCAGGAUGCGGUUCUCAGUAGCCAAUGUCCUGGCCGGGACCGCCUACAUGGCCAGCGCCGUAGCGGCCGGGACGGUCAUCUGGGACGGGCGGUUCAACGACCUGACGUCGUCGACGGAUCUCAACAAGUGGUCGUGGGGCAGCCAGGUCGGGCCGUACCAGUACUACAUCCACGGCAGCUCGCCCGUGGCCAGCUACAUCAACCUGUCGCCGAGCUACAAGAACCCGGCCGACGCGGCGUCGCGGCAGGGCGCCAAGUUCACGCUCGACUCGACGGCGUACUGGAACGGGCAGAACAUGCGCCGGAUCGAGCUGAUCCCGCAGACGACGGCGGCCAUCAACAAGGGCAAGGUCUACUACCACUUCAGCAUCAAGCGGUCCGACGUCAACCCGCCAGCCACGACGCGCGAGCACCAGAUCGCCUUCUUCGAGAGCCACUUCACCGAGCUCAAGUCGGGCUGGCUGAGCGGCGCGCCGGGGACGAGCGACCCGGCCCUGCGCUGGAUGGUCAACCAGCAGACCAAGUGGAGCGUCGACUGGGCCGCCGGCGUGUGGCACAACGUCGCCUACGAGAUCGACUUUGGCGCCGGCACCGUCGGCUUCUGGCACUCGACGGGCGCCGAUCCCUUGACGCGCACCGUGGCCCCCGUCUCGGUCAGCACGUCCAGCAACGGCGCCGACUGGCACCUGGGCGUACUGGAGCUGCCCCGCAGCGGCUACCCGGACGCCGUCGAGGACUUUUACUUCUCGGGCGUCUACAUCGAGACGGGCUCUAUCACCACCGCCAUUGGCACCGGCGGCGGCGGCGGCGGCGGCGGCAGCUCGGGCACCUCGCCCGGCAGCACCUCUGCCCGGCCGACGGCGCCGGCAACGACGACUUCGGUCCCCACCACGGCUCCUCCAACCACCACUACAAGCCCGCCCAGCCAACCGGGGCAGACGAAGUUUGGGCAGUGCGGCGGAAACAACUACUCUGGCCCCACGUCUUGUAUUGGCAGUACUUGCUCGGCCCUCAACGAAUGGUACCAUCAAUGCGUGUAAAGAGCGGUCUGGGUGGGCGGGACCGGGAACCGACGACGAGUCGGCGUAGGGCUAUAGGGAGUAAAGCGGGAGACGAGACGGGUACCAAGUUCUAGCAGCAAGAUCCCAGAGCAUUUUCACUGUAGAUAUUUCCAGCAGCUGCCUGCGCAGUACAUACAAACAGAAAACCUGCAAGCAUGGUCCAAGGAGAGGCCACGAGCAAACACCACAGCAGAGUGCAUGCAGGUGAGUGAAAAUGAAAGUCGGCAACCCCGGCAUGUUCAAUGAGUUCGAAC